UCAAACCUCCAACCCGGACGCUAUUCUCCUCCACUCUCUUGGUGGCGCUGCUGCUUUGAAGCACGAUGGGAAUUGUAGUUUGAAACAAAGCCGUUGAGAAGUCGAUGCGGCGGCGAGUCAGAUAUCGUUUGGAUGCUGUUUCGAAAAUAUAAUGAUCAGAACCGGAAGUUACGCACACCCCCACCUGUUUUGUAUUUGUGUUUAAUAGGUUUUGGGAAAUUUCUCAGCCCAUCUUCCGCUGAGCUGGUUAUUAUCGUAAUUAUAUCAGAUGGACCCGUCUCCUCAAUCCUACAUGCUUGCUAAUCUGACUCAUCCACAUUCUGAGCAGUUACUGCAAGGAUUGAAUCUUCUUCGGCAGCAUCGUGAGCUCUGUGACAUCGUCCUCCGGGUUGGUGAUGUCAAAAUCCACGCCCAUAAAGUGGUGCUGGCAAGCAUCAGCCCAUACUUCAAAGCCAUGUUUACUGGGAACCUUUCAGAAAAUGAGAACUCUGAGGUUGAGUUCCAGUGUAUUGAUGAAACUGCUUUGCAGGCUAUUGUAGAAUAUGCAUAUACAGGAACCAUAUUCAUUUCACAAGAUACAGUGGAAUCUUUACUACCAGCUGCAAAUUUACUUCAAAUUAAGUUAGUACUGAAGGAAUGUUGUACAUUCCUUGAAAGUCAGCUUGAUCCUGGUAAUUGCAUUGGCAUUUCCCGAUUUGCUGAAACCUAUGGUUGUCAUGACUUGUAUCUUGCUGCCAACAAAUACAUUUGUCAGAAUUUUGAAGAGGUAUGUCACACAGAGGAGUUUUUUGAAUUGAAUCACACUGAGUUAGAUGAAAUUAUUUCAAAUGACUGUCUGAAUGUUGUGACUGAGGAGUCUGUUUUUUAUGCUUUGGAGGCAUGGAUUAAAUAUGAUGUACAAGAAAGACAAAAAUAUUUGGCUCAGCUGUUACACUGUGUGCGAUUGCCAUUGCUAAGUGUGAAGUUUCUAACAAGAUUAUAUGAAGCAAACCAGUUAAUUCGUGAUGAACAUACCUGCAAACACCUUCUAAAUGAAGCACUUAAGUAUCAUUUUAUGCCAGAGCACCGAUUUUCUCAUCAGACUGAGUUAUCAACACGACCACGUUGUGCUCCCAAAGUACUGUGUGCUGUUGGUGGAAAAACCGGACUGUUUGCUACGUUAGACAGUGUAGAGAUGUACUUCCCUCAGACAGACUCCUGGACAGGUCUAGCACCACUUAGUAGUCCACGUUAUGAAUGUGGAGUUGCUGUUGUCGAUCAGAAGCUUUACGUGGUUGGAGGAAUUGCAACCCACAUUCAGCAAGGCAUUAAUUAUCGGAAACACGAGAAUUUGGUAGAAGGUUGGAAUCCGGAGACAAACAAGUGGACGACUGCAGAAAGAAUGAAUGAAUGUCGAAGCACGCUUGGAGUGGCUGUAUUAGCUGGUGAACUGUAUGCAUUAGGUGGUUAUGAUGGGGAAAACUACUUGCAAUCUGUGGAGAAAUACAUUCCUAAAAUCAAAAAGUGGCAGCCAGUUGCACCUAUGGGGAAAAGUCGAAGCUGUUUUGCAGCUGCAGUUUUAGAUGGAAUGAUAUAUGCCAUAGGUGGAUAUGGCCCUGCUCACAUGAACAGUGUGGAGCGGUAUGAUCCAAGCAAAGAUUCCUGGGAGAUGGUUGCUCCAAUGGCUGAUAAAAGAAUUAACUUUGGUGUUGGUUCAAUGCUUGGAUUCAUCUUUGUUGUUGGCGGACACAAUGGUGUGUCACACUUGCAAAGUGUUGAGAGGUAUGAACCCCAUCAAAAUCAAUGGACAUUAUGCAGGCCAAUGAGUGAUCCCAGAACAGGAGUUGGUGCAGCCAUUGUAGACAACUACCUCUAUGUGGUGGGAGGUCAUUCAGGAUCAUCAUAUCUGAACAUGGUGCAGAGGUACGACCCAGCCUUAGAUACCUGGUCAGAUUUUGCUGGCAUGUUGUCAUGUCGAUGCAACUUUGGGCUGACUGCAUUUUGAUAGUUGAUUUGAUUAUCAAGGACAUACUGUGGUAAUUAACCCUGCAUGACAAGAAGACCAAUAGUACUGAGACUGCAGCCCUCAGUUGUUGAAUUUUACAAACCUUGGCUGCCACUGUUGGUUUUUACUGUGCAGAGUUUUCAUGUUUUCGAUUGAAUUGGUUAUAUUUGUACAUACACUUGUGGGGGAGAAACACUGAUGCCUGAAACAGCCAGGGCUAACCAAAGCUCGAGCUUUUUCACCUUUAUAAAGCAUUCCCCUCCAUGUUAACUAGCAGUUACCUCCAUACUUCCUCGUUUUUAAUCAGAAAGGAUCACACAUUCAAAACCAAUAAUCAAUCCAUUGUAUGUAUGCAAUGUGAGUCCAUGUCAGUUUUUGUGCAAUAUAUGUUGAUUGCAUUUAUUGUGUUCUAUUUGACAUCAGUGCUUCACAGUAUGAAAGUUUGUACUUAAGGGCUGCAUACCUGAAACUCAAUUUUUGACUACAGUACAACUACCCACUGUGUGCUUGCUUGUAUUGUAUAAUGUGAUUUAUGUAAUUAGUAGGAUCUGAAUGAUCAGCUGAUAGUGAUAUGUAACCUGCUAUAAACAUCUGUGUAUGAUUGUUUGUUUGACAAUUUUCCAACUGAACCAUAAUGAGAUCACCUGUUAAUAUUUGACAUGUUGUUUGAAGAAACAAAAGGGAAAUGUAUAUUUAAAAGGGCUCUUAAUUGGGUUAUAUGAAGUUGCAAUUGAUACUUUCAUAUCUUGAUAAUGAGUUUAUGAAGUUCGGAACAUGGUUACAAGCCUGUAUUCACAGAACAUAACGUAGGAACAGUUUCUGAUUUAGGUAGUUAAUGGGCUUUUGAGUACAGACUUUAAUGAUUAUUUUAUUUGGCUCUAAUGGCAUGUUUUGGAUUUGUUGAUGUGAUCCUUUGUAAUAUUCUACAGCUGCUAUUGAGGGAGAAUAACUAGAUUUAGUAACUGGUGCUAUCCUAGGAUUCAGGACCCCACAGAUGUUACAUAUAUUUAUUUUGUAAUAUGUCAGUUCACAAAUUAUUUUGAAUAUUUUUAUCCAAUGAUUUUAUGAGUAAGUGUCUGAACAAUCAAAUCUAAACUGAAGUAAUAAUUUAUAGAUAUUUUUAAUCAACCUGUUCAUACAUGGUAUGAUACAUCUCUGGAGCAGGUGUGAUUUGAACCCAGGCGUUCUGGCCCAGAGGCAGAAACACUAUUACUGUGCCACAAGAGCCCUAGAAAUAGUUAUGUAAUGAGUUUACAAUAUUUUUAAAACCCUCACUUUGCAGAAUAAACUCCAAUUAAAGCAAUUUAACAUUGUAAAAAUGAGUUAAUAGUUCAGCUAUUCAUUGUUGUCAUCUGCUUUUCAUAUUUGAUUUCUCUACUGCCAAUAUGUGUGGAUGUGUUUGUUAACAAACUUUGGUUGCUAAUAUUUAUGUUGACUGCUAAGUUACCUUUUUAUACAUCUUCAAUGUCACUUUCCAUUCUCAUCUCAGCAUCUUGUAGGAAAGACUUUUUGUUCAGAAUGUACUUCAAAGCUGAUGUGCAGGUAAUUAUUGAAGUAUGUAAUGCAAGAAAAGUUGUAUGUUAACUGAGUUUUGAAAAGUUCUAGCAGAAGGAUCGCACUUGUAGAAUUCUAACUGGUUCUCCUAAUAGAAUUUAAACAAUCAAACUGAUUUAGUAAGGGAAAUCAAUAUAAUGAUUUUUAUUAUAGAUCUUGUGAAUACAAACUGCACUAUUUUAAAAUAUCACAAUUAUCUCCAUAAAAUACUACAGUUUUUUCUGUACUCAUUGUGCAAAGAAAUCACAAUUUUUGGCAGAAGUUUAAUUAUGGCUACAGUUUGUGUUUUCACAAGAUCAGCAGUGUUGUACACAAGGGAAGUCAUAUAUUUUAAAUUUUAGAUUGGAGAAACCACUUUUUUUUUUGAGACUGCAUGACUGUGUACACACACACUAGUCUUUCAGGUCUUAUUGAAUCAUCAUGCACAUUAAUUUCUAACUUAACCUUCUGGAAGUUUCGAGAACUUGAGAAUAUGAAGGCUUCAAAUGUUUGUUAGUAUAUUGAAUAAAAAGGUGCAAUAACAUUUUUUAUAUGGCUUUUUUUAUUAGGUAUAAUUUAUACUUGUGUAAAUGAAAGGAUGGGUUGAUUUAUGGAACUGCCAUUGUGCCCUGUAAAUAUCGUAAAGUGUGUAUAGUAAAAUUUACUCUUGCACUGUUCCUUGUGUAGAUAUCAUCCUCACAUCCUUCCAAACACACAAUAGAACAAGAUGAUGUGCAUUUUGUGUCCACAAAUUAGUGUAGUUAUAGUAAAUAAACUUGCAAAGUCCACCAAAACAAACAGACUAAUAGUCUGAGACUGAGCAACCUGCACAUCCUGCUGGUUUAGUAGCACAAGUGUUACUUUUGAUGACAGUGGCUGAAGUCAUAGCAAUAAUUACUGUCAGUCCUUACAAUUUCAAACAUAACUGGCCAAAACUAACCAGAAGUUUUUAAAAUACACAACAAAAAAAUCUUCGUUAAUAUACACUAGAAUCAAAGUGUAAAUGCAGUUGUAAUUUGUGGCUCCUUGUUCUACAGUACAAAAUAGUUGGGAGUGUUUGUUUACUUUUUUGUUACAUAUUACAUACUUUCAAAAUGACUUCUGAAAUUCAAAUGGCUGACAUGUCCGAUAUGUUACACUUCUAUUUUGCUAGAUAGUUUAAAAGAUCUAACUUGUAACAUUAUCAUUUACCUUCUGGCAUAGCUUUCUGACUGCUCGAUUUAUCAAGUUGCAAAUUUGCUCCACAGACAACCUGUUCGUAUGGGCAAAGCAACUUUUUUUGCUGGACUCUUGAUUCUCCACUGUCUAAAUGUGGCUAUUUUGUUCACAAAAAAUAGGGAAUUUUGUAGACAAGGAAAUCUCAGUAGCAGAUAAGUUAAUAGCAAGUGGGGAAGAAAAAUGAGCAUUUACUGAAAUGACAUUUGUGCACUAAUACAAACUUUUUUUCAGUUUUGGAAAAUGCUUUGUAAUCAGUUCAGAUGUGAUACUUUACAAUAUGUACAUUGUCAUAACCUGAAAAUUAAUCUAGAAUUUUAACUUGUCAAUCAUUUGUCAUCAAGGUUGUCCUGUCUCCUGCUUUCUGUCCUUUUAAUGCCAAGAAAUUUCCUUUUGACCAGUGCUGUAUGAGACAUUUUGGAUCGUACGACUUCCGUAAUACACCAGUAGACUGGUAUUUAAUGAUGUUUCUGAAUUGCUGUGUUUCUUCCACUUUUGAAAAAAACCUUUUUUGCUGUGAAAAAGUAUAGAUGCAUUGCUAACAAUUCCAUGUCUUGGAUGAGUAUUGUUUCUGUACUCCAUUGGUGGGAGGACUGUACCUAGGCAAGCUAUAAAACAAUUUUCAUGCUUUGAUUGCUCAGUGGAGAAAUUGAUAUGUAUUUGCAAUUUUUCUGUUUUUAAGGUUACUGGAACAGAGGAUGAGAACUUGGAUAGUUUAGCUCUUAUAGUUCAUCAGUUUAUUACCAUAUCCAAAUUCAAUCCAUUCACUUAAUUAUCAAGUUUAUGAAAAUAAUGACACACCUAAUCUUAUUCUCACAACUCUUUGUGAAGCUAACUGGGUGGAGUCAUUUGCAAUGAUUGCAACUUUUAAAAAUUGAAAACUUUGAAUUUUAAUGAAUGACCUAAAACAAACGCCUCAAUUUAUAAUAUAAUAUUGCAUACAGGAUAAUAAGGAAAGUUCACAAAUACAAAUGAAUUGUAAAAGGAACACAGGCUUGGCUAUUGUCACUUUAGCUUGCCUUAAAACUAAAUACUGACAGAACUGGAUUUUUUCAUAAAUGCCUUACACGCAGUGCUAUCCUCUGAAACCAGAUUAGUUUGUUUUUUUUCUUAAAAUGCUGAAUCUUUGUAAAUGAACAGCAAGAUUAAAAAACCUAAUAUUUAUAUUCUGACUCAUGAGGGAAUGAUUGUAAAUGGUUAAAUGUUAGAAUAUGUUUGUGUGCAUAGUUAUGUGCUCUGUGCCUGCAAAUGGCAGGACAUUUUCGUUUACAGUUUGACAAAUGUCUUGCCUGUUUGUUUUAUUUGAACAAAAGUGCUAAAGGACUGUUCACAUUAUCGUUUCAGUUCAGUUUUCUUAAAGGUUUCAUGUGCUUUCGUGUGGUACAGCUAUGUCACUUAUUACAGCAUUUCAUUGUGGAUGUGCUAAAUAAACAUCUGUAACAAGAA